CUGAUUUUGAACCCUGCUCUGGUAACUUUAGGUCCACUCAUAAAUCCUUGCACACCGCUCCUCACAUUCUUGCAGCAGACAAGGUACCUUUAGGUUAAACACAAGCUCACUUAGUUACACAAAUCGACCUAAAUGAUACAGCAUGAAAAUAUCAAAACUUUGUGCUUCAGCAAAUCACUGUGCGCAAAUAUCAACACGGAAAACCAUUUUCGGUGAUGUGAAGGAGUCUCGUAUCAUUUUUUGCAUUGAUACUUCUGGCAGUAUUUACAGAGUAUGGGAUCAGAUUUGCUCUCAUAUUGUCGAGCAUUUGUGCAAGAUAGCAAUAAAUAAUAAAGCCUUGUAUUUUAAUGUUAUAACAUUCGAUGACAAUGUGAAAUGUUUCCGCUCAAAGCUAGUAAGGGCUUCCCACAUAAACCUACAGGAGCUUAGUAGGUGGUUGAGAAAUGUGUGUUUUGGAACUAGCAGCUACAUUUUUCCUGCGUUAUUGGCAUCUUACUCACAUGUGGAUGCGGAGUGUGUACUGCUGGUCACAGACGGCUUGUUGACCAAGGAGCUGUGCGAAAUACGACAAUUAUCUACAAUUUGCAACUCACGACCCCUGUAUGUAACUCUUUUAAUAAAUAAUGCGAAGCCAAGUAACAGAGUAGUUGAACUAGCUUCUAAAUUAUUAAUGAUGACUUGUUGUCCGAAGAGCAAACUGACUGUUAUAACAACCUCUGUUAGUGGAUGUUUCAUUCAGCUAUCACCGAUUGAGUGGAGUGUCAGAGUCCCUUCAAAACUAUUCGGAUGCCCGAAUUUGUGCUAUGAGUAUUUGCUUGACAGUUUGCAAAAAUUUCCAAACGGAAUCGCUGUUAGAACGUGUCCGAUUGAGAGCUCGCAGACGCGUAGUUUGUCAUUGCAAGAAUCCAUGAAAGAUAGUGCUUGUCAAGUUUCGAACCCUUCAAUUGGAGCACAAUUAACAGAAAGUAACAUUCACCGUCCUAACAUUAGUGAACAACCAAUUCAGAGAAGUGCAUUGCUUGAAACAAACGAUUGUCAAACUCAAACGGUUUCUGGCACGUCCGAGGAAGUAACUACAACGGAUUCAAACCAACUAACCGCUUCGGAACAUAUGUGUGGUGAAGAUCAUGAUCAUCACGGUGUAUGUAAUUCAUGUCUUGCAUGUGAGUGUUCAGAGGAAUAUUCUGGUAAUAAAUAUAAACGAAGCAGAUACCGUGCAGCUAGAUCUUUCUUGAAUGGUCGCUCACAACUUGAUUGGUGGGCUGAUGAUAUUCGAAUAGCUCCUUCCGCUGGUGCUUUACUCCUGGGUCAUACUGUUUUGGCUCCAAAGUAUAAUGAGGGCAGUCGGCUGUUUAUGGGUACUGUACUUUCUCAGGUAGAUUACUAUACAUUUAUUAUCUGCUUUGAAGAUCCUAACUCAAAAGUUAAACAUCGUGAAAAUAUCCAAGAAACUCAUGUACAUCAAUUAUUAUCAUACUUAGAUUUUCAUCGUCAUCCUAUUGAUUCAGGAGAUUAUGUUCUUGUACCUCAAUGUUUACCAAUUUGUGACCAAUUAAAUACUUCACAAAAGUACUAUCUUAUUCCUUAUUGUGUUGCAAAAGUUUUAUCUGGCUACGAAUCACGUUCAUCGAUUAGAAAUGGAUUCACAUUGUCUGACAAACCUAUAACAGUAGAAUUUGUCAAAGACGAAAAUAAUGAAAUGAUUGCAAACAGCAGUUUCCAAAUCCCAUUCGAUACAGCUAUAUGGAUACCUAGUGAUUUGUUUCAAGAUAAUUUAUUAUCAGAUAAAAUUCAAUGGAAAAUUACUCCUAAAGAAGAAUCACGUAAUUUAGAUGAUCAAAUAAAUAAUACUAUCCCAAUCGGUCCUGAUAUUGCUACAUUAACACAAAAUCCUGAAGAUAGAAUCACUGAGACAAUCAAAUCAAAUGAAAAUAUCUUACGACCAUUUAAUCAGUUAGCUCCGUUUUCUAUUGGUGGCAUAAAUGAUAAAAGAAACUCUACGGACAGUAUGAAUUCCAGGAAAAAACGUAUGAAUUAUGCAUAUACAAGAGAUCAGUUAGAUCAAAUGAAGAAUGAGUUUACUGAUUCAGAUUACGCUUCAAGUAUGGACGAAGGUGGUAGUAGUAGUAACCAUCAAAGAAAGAAAACCCCGAAGGCAGAGUUAAACGUUCUAUCCGAAUCAUUAUAUGACUUUCAUUCAGAUGUUGCAAAUCAGUCUAUAGCGAAAAAGGGUGAGAGUGAACGAAUUCGACGUCCAACAAGUGCUGAAGCCCGCAGAAUAUACAACCAAGUGAAAGAUGUUGCGACAGAUGUCGAUCAAGAACUGCCCUACGGUAAAAUGCAUAUUAAAUGGGUUAAAGAUCAAGUUAAGCAUCUGAAUCGUCCCGAAUGGCGUUACUGGGGUGCAAAGCCUAUACCACAACUGAUUGGACCGCCAACAUUUGCACCGUACAAAGACAAGGCUCCUUGGAGUAGAUCGGAUCGUUUACCAACUACAGGCAACAUGCUACGACCUGAGAUCCACUUCGACAAAGUUUCACCUACUUUCAAAUCGAUUGAUCACUAUUCGAGAAACGUAGGAUUGUGGUUGAAGGACUCUUCACUUUCGAAUAAAGGCAUAUUGAAAAAGCAAUACUCAAGUUGUUCUAGCUUACCGAAAUUAAACAAUAACAGAAAUGUAGUCAGCAAUAAAGAUACUAUGAAUCUUGUGGACAGUGUUCGUAAUUUGAUUGAAUAUGACAAUGAAUGCCAGUCAUUACAUGAUAAACAUCAGUUGCAUACUCUAUGCAAAUUUUAAUUUGAUGCAAUUAUUAAAGAUAAUCAAGCUAAUGCGAGUCGAUUUUCCCGCCAGAUUUGUAUUUUUGACAAUCAAGUCACGGAUGAAUGAUCUAUUAUCUUAGACAGGAGGAAGCGAUAAUACAUAUCUUUGGAUAAUUAUUCCUAUUAUUAUUAUUAUUAUUACUA